AUGACGCACAGAGUCCGGCCUCGUUUACUGGUCUUCGAGGCGUCUGGCUUCUCUGCGCUGCUCGACGCCAUCUCGUCCCAAAAGGAGACUCCCCCGACGCUCCCGAUUGUCAAAAUCAGCGUGUGUGCCACUGUGUACAACAAAUUGCGUCGACUAUUUCCUAGCGCCGCCAGCUUAGGCGGCGGCCACUCUCCGGCCUCGAACUGA